AUGAAAUCCAACAAGCCAGGCAAUAUUGGACCCAAGCCUACGUACACUCCAGCCCCAAUUAAGCAGCUCGUCGGAGCAACCCCAGUCGAACAGCGAUCGACCUACCGCGAUAUGGCCGCAGCCACUGGACUAACCCUUGGAACCUUGAGCCGUCAUUUGAAGAAGGGCACUCUUCAACGUCGAUCGUCGCGUAUCAAGCCGCUGCUUACGGAGGCCAACAAGACAGAACGCCUUGCAUUUUGCCCGAAAGCGUUGAAUUCGACAACUGUCCGUCACCUGUCGUCCUUUGAUCGCACCAGUCUAUCCCAAGCGUCCGGAGCCGUUGCCGCCGCCCACGGUGUCACCCCUAAGGAUGUCCAGUGGUGA